UGCAAGAAGGACACAAAGGAGAGGCCUUGCUACAGAGAAACCAUCAGAAAAAGACUGAAUGGGAGAAGAAGACAGAUCCAUUCGCAGGAUGGAACUGGUGGGAGGAUGAGAUAAGGAGAAGAUGGGUGGGCAAGAAGUCUCAUGUGCAACGCGGAACAAUACUGCUGAGCUGGGCCUUGGGUCCACUGGGUUAUUGCUACUAAGUUCCCAACAAGCGGCUCCACAACACAGCGGAAUAAAAUUGUGGAUUAGAAGAAAGUCUUGUGUGCCCAGGAGAGCAGGACUUGGGAAGCAGCUGGUUUGGAGUGCAAUCCCGCAUCCAUCACUAUCCAGAAAAUGUCUUAUGGAUCCAUUGAUGGGAGUGGAUUUGGGAGCAGGAACCCAUUUGGAGGCCCUUCGAGACAAGGCUAUCAACCUCUCGCCACCCAGAUUGAUCCCAGCGAACUGCAGGAACUUUUUCAGGAGACUUCAGCCAAUGUCUUCCGAAUUAACUCCAAUGUGACCUCUCUGGAAAGAAGUCUUCGAUCCCUGGGGACCUCAAAUGAUACUCAAGAGCUGCAGGAUGGACUGCAUGCCACCCAGCAGGAGACUAAUAAAACCAUCACGACUAGCACCAAAGCCAUCAAGCAGCUGUCUGAGAUUGUCAGAGGCUCAUCCAGGCAAGAACGGCUUCAGCUGGACAGGCUGAAGAACCAGCUGUCAGAUGCCAUCCAGAGAUACGGAGCUGUGCAGAAAAAAAUAGCAGAGAAAUCCAAAGCUUUGCUCCCUACUGGGCAGAGAAGCACCAAGCAGAGCCCCAAGACCCCCUUCUCUGACCUGCCUGACGACGAGAAGAUCUUUAACGGAGGCGAUGGCGUGUGGCAGAACCAGGGCCAGGACCAAGCCUUGCUCUCGGAAAUCACGGAGGAGGAUCUGGAAGCCAUCCGCCAGCGGGAAGAAGCCAUUCAGCAGAUUGAGAGUGACAUGUUGGAUGUGAACCAGAUCAUCAAAGACCUGGCCUCCAUGGUGCAUGAGCAAGGAGACACAAUAGAUAGCAUUGAAGCCAACAUUGAGACCUCUUCUUCUAACGUAGAAUCAGCCAACGAGCAGUUGGCAAAAGCAAGUCAGCACCAAUUGGAUCUUCGCUGGAGCUACACAGGAGAUGAGGCAGGAUUAAAUACAUCCCAGAGAGAUAAAAAAGCUACGAGCCAGGAAGAUGAAGUGCUGCCUUCUCUCCAUCGCUUUGGCCGUUCUGCUGCUCAUUGUCAUAAUCAUUGCAGUCUCCGUCAAGCGCUGACCUGGUUGAGGUUUGCACAGAGCCUGUGAUCACCCUGGGAAGUGGAAUGGAUUCUCAAGGCAUUGCACAUUCAGGCCCUACAUCCAUGUCUGCGCUACUGAUCACGUCCUGUUAAACCUGCUAUAACCAAGCACUAAUUGUAUGAAAGAAAAGCUAAGUUUUAUACUGUGUGCUGCUAUCAUUGUGAAUAUUUUUGCCUAUUUCCCCCCCUUCAUUGUAGAAAUGUUUUACCUUAUGUUACAGAUUUUAAUUACAUCCCCUGUGUCUGGGGAAUGCUAUUUCUUUGCCUCCAGAUUUGCCAUACAAUGUGCUGUAAGAUAAGUAGCUGUUAAUUCAUCUCUAUUGUUUGUGUUUUUAACGUGCUCCUGCUCUCCAAUUCUGCUCAUUUAAAACCAUGAAAGUCAA